AUGCCUUUAGAGUUUUUCUGUACAGAUCAUGAUUGCUUAGUAUGCCGAUCAUGUAUGGCUGAUACUCAUCGUACUUGUUCAAAGAUUCUACCUAUAGAUGUCGCGGCUAAAGGGAUAAAGUCUUCAGUCAUGUUUGAUGAUAUUAGUAAAGAUAUUGCAGCUAUACGGAAGUCGGCAAAGGAAUUAGUAGAGGAUAGGCAGAAAAACAAGAACCGAGUCGGACAGACCAAAGAAUUGUCACAACAAAAGAUUACAAAAAUCAGACACGAGAUUAAUAAGCAUCUCGACAAAUUGGAAAAUAAACUUUCUUCUGAUAUGGAUACUAUGGAAAGAGAACUUGAUGAAAAAGCGUCCACAGGUCUGUCUAAAGCGAAAACAACAGAAAAAGAUAUAGAAGAUAUAUGGGAACAUAUCAAUUUUCUUACCAAGCAUGGUUCCGAACGUCAGAUGCUUAUCAUACUCAACUCAGUCAGAUCAGAAGUUACUAAACAUUCCACAAAUCUUCAGGAACUUAUUUUGUCCCAAGUAAAGAAUGGCUUAGAUUUUGAACAGGUAGAUAUGAUAUCUGCCUUUAGCUCCAUGGGGUUAGUGAAACAGACAUCUACACCAUGUUCUGUGUCAUACCAGCCUCCUAAACAAAUGCAAGCCCAGAUACAACAAACACAAAGGAAGGUACCAACAAAGUUCGAGUUUGAAAAGAAAGUUACCAUACCCUUGGGUAGAAUCUCCUGUAUAGCUGUAACUGAUGACAAUAGAUUCCUUCUUUGUAAUGACAUGGUCAGUCCCUUUAAAAAUAAUAUAAUAGCAUGCAAUGAUACAGGUGAGCAAAUUCAAGCGCGCACUAUUUCCAAAAGGGUAUAUGGUAUAGCUAUAAUUCCACAAACAGAAGAAGCAGUUGUUAGUUUGCCUGAUGUCAAGAUUAUUCAAUUCGUUAAUAUAGUAAGCCUGGUUCCUGGAAGACAACUUCGAGUUUUUAUUGAGGACAGUUCCAUUUAUGGUAUUGCAGUAGUUCGUGAUUCAAUAAUUGUCGGUGGCAGCUGUGGUAAUGUGCAUUUCAUCGAGAAAAUGAAAGGGAAAUGUCUAAAAACGAUUAAAAUCGGUACACGUACUAUAUCUUCCCUCGUGCCAUUUAUUAGCGCUAAAGAUGACGUAAUAUACUGCUGUGAAUAUAGAGGUAGCAAGAAAGUUUACUGUAUGAAACUGGAUGGAACAUUAAUUUCCAGUUAUGAACUAGACGAUCCAAUGGGUAUUUCACUAGACUCAAAAAGAAAUAUGUACGUCACAUGUCACAAUUCUCAUGAUCUGCAUCGACUAUCAUCAGAUUGUAAAAUCGAUAAUAUCUUGCUAAAAAAAUCAAAUGGACUGGACCAACCAAUGAGUAUUGCUUUCAACAAGACAUAUAGUAAGCUGUACAUUUCAAACAGUGGGUACGAUACCAGUCUUCUGGUUUUCAAUUGUAAAUGA